AUGCCGCCAUCUGCGUCCGAGCGAACACCGCUACUUCGCUCUACAUCGGCAAACCACCCCGUCACCGAAGAUGCAAUAACCACCGCAGAAGUAGCGCAACAGGGUCAGGGCGCGGCGCCUCAGUUUCCAACAUCGCAGAAAGCGAGAAGCGGCUCACUUACCGAAUCUGUCGACCCUGGCGAUGUGCCCCCAAUCACGGACGAGACAGAGAGCCUGACCAGGUUUCAAAAGAAUGGGAAGUUGGAAGGUGUUGGAGAGUGGAAGUUUAGGUUCGUGUUUGGUGGUAUUCUUCUUGGGUACUUCAUUGCCAUGUUUGACUCCACUCUCAUGGCAUCAAGUCAUCCAGUCAUCACAUCGUACUUCCAUGCAUCAAAUUCAGCCUCAUGGCUAUCAACAGCCUUCUUACUCACAUCAACCUCGCUGCAGCCACUUAUGGGCCGACUCUCAGAUACUCUGGGUCGUCGACCAUUGUAUCUGGCUGGUCUCGUCGUUCUCGCAGGUACGACCGCAUGGUGCUCUUUUGCGCAGACGAUUGGCAGCUUCAUCGCCGCUCGAGCCUUUUGCGGCAUUGGCGCUGCUGGUGUUUUAUCGAUGGGUAAUAUCAUGACCAAUGACCUAGUCAGCAUUGAAGUACGAGGCACCUACCAGGCAUACAUCAACCUCUUCUACGGAGGCGGAUCUGCUUGCGGGGCGGCUUUUGGCGGCUUUCUAUGCGACAAGUUAGGAUGGCGGAUGACUUUUGCGAUACAGAUACCCAUACUUGUCAUGCUUUUCAUAAACGCCAUAUUCACCACGCCUUCUUCACUCGGCCCAAACUUAGCCAAACGAUAUGGACUAGGUCUGAAGGAAGGCCUGAAGGGAUUCGAUAUCGCUGGGUCCACCUUAUUGACGGUAUCUGUCGCGUUUUUGAUUCUAGGGCUCAACCUCGGAGGCAAUGUAUACCCAUGGAAGCAUUGGAUCGUCAUAACCUCGCUGGUCAUCGCACUAGUGACAGGUGCCGUUCUCGUCAAAGUCGAAUCUAGAGCCGCGCGAGCAGUCAUGCCUCUGCCCAUGUUGUUUAGCAAGCCCCGAGGCAAUCUCGUCUUCAACAAUUUCUUUGCACAAGUUGGCAUGAACACCAUCCUGUUCAACGCUCCCUUGUACUUCCAAGCGGUUGAGCUCGAGACGGCUUCUGUCUCCGGAUUCCGCCUUGCUGGCCCUUCCGUUGCCUUGACCAUCUGCGGCGUGUCUGCAGGCUUCAUCAUGACCGCCACUGGUCGGAUGAAGUGGCUCAUUGUUGUUGGCUCACUUUCGAUGCUGUUGGGCGCUACAUGUCUUUCCCUGAUGUGGGAUGGCAUUCCCAAGUGGCUUGCCACCGUAUUCCUGGUUCCAUCUAGCAUCGGCCAAGGGCUCAGUUUCCCGGCAACAAGUCUCGCGGUACUUGCAACAAGUACACAAGAGGAUCAAGCAGUCAUGACCAGCACACUCAUUUUGUGGCGCAGUCUCGGUAUUGUCAUGGGUGUCUCGUUGAGCAGCCUCAUUCUACAGAAUGCUUUGACCUCGUACCUCGAAGCACUGGUCACCGGUCACAAUAAGGCGAAGAUCAUUCAACACGUUCGCAAAUCGGUACGCAGCAUAAUCGACCUUGAUGCUAAGCACAAAAGUCAAGUCAUUGAAGCAUACAGCCGUAGUCUGCGACUGGUCUUCAUCUCGGCAAUCGCCAUGUUCAUCAUCGUGAACAUAUUAGUGUUCGCGAUCGAACUUCCGCAGCUCAAGAAAUCCAAAGUGCACGACGAAGAAGAAGAAGAAGAAGAAGAAGCGUCAACGUAG